AUGGAGGAAGAGAUGCAGCCGGCAGAGGAGGGGCCCAGCGUCCCCAAAAUCUACAAGCAGCGCGGCCCCUACAGCGUCCUCAAGACGUUCCCCGGCAAGAGGCCCGCGCUGGCCAAGCGCUACGAGCGACCCACCCUGGUGGAGCUGCCGCACGUGCGGCCGCCCCCGCCGCCCUUCGCCCCGCACGCCGCGGUCUCCAUCAGCAGCAGCGAGCCGCCGCCGCCGCAGCAGUUCCAGGCGCAGGGAUCUUUCCCCCCUGGGCCCGGCCGGGCCAACGCCGCCGCGUCGUCGUCGUCUCCGUCCGGCACGCCCGCCGCGUCCCAGGGCCACCUGAGGACUACGGCGCCGCCGCCCGCGGCCCCCGCCGCGUCAUCAUCCUCCUCUUUCGCCGCCGUCGUCAGGUACGGGUCGAGCCCGGCGGCCGCCGCGGGCAGCAGCAGCACGGGCGGCGACGGCGCCAGUCUGGAGCUCAGCGCAGAGAGUCGUAUGAUCUUGGACGCUUUUGCUCAACAAUGCAGCCGAGUCCUUAGCCUCUUAAAUUGUGGAGGCAAACUUCUAGACUCCAACCAUUCUCAAUCCAUGAUAUCUUGUGUGAAGCAGGAAGGCUCAAGUUACACUGAAAGACAGGAACCAUGUCCUGUUGGCAAAGGGGUCCACAGUCAGACCUCAGACAAUUUAGACAUUGAAAUGCAAUAUAUGCAAAGGAAACAACAAACUUCUGCGUUUUUGAGAGUUUUCACCGACUCCCUGCAAAAUUACCUGCUCUCAGGGAGCUUUCCAACUCCAAACACCUCCUCGGUCAGCGAGUAUGGCCACCUGGCGGAUGUGGAUCCUCUGUCAACAUCCCCCGUGCACACGCUAGGUGGCUGGACCUCCCCAGCAACAUCUGAAUCCCAUGGUCACCCAUCAUCAUCUACGCUGCCUGAGGAGGAAGAGGAGGAGGAAGAGGAAGGCUACUGUCCCCGAUGCCAAGAGCUGGAGCAGGAGGUGAUUUCGCUGCAACAAGAAAACGAAGAACUCAGAAGAAAGUUAGAGAGCAUCCCAGUGCCCUGCCAGACAGUCUUAGAUUACCUGAAGAUGGUGCUCCAGCAUCACAACCAGCUCAUGAUCCCACAGCCAGCUGACCAGCCGACCGAGGGAAGCAAGCAGCUGUUGAACAACUAUCCUGUCUACAUAACGAGCAAACAGUGGGACGAGGCUGUAAAUUCUUCAAAGAAAGAUGGGAGGCGGCUCCUUCGAUACCUCAUCAGAUUUGUUUUCACUACCGAUGAGCUUAAGUACUCAUGCGGCCUUGGAAAAAGGAAAAGGUCAGUGCAGUCAGGAGAGACAGGUCCUGAGAGGCGCCCUCUGGAUCCAGUUAAAGUAACAUGCCUCCGAGAAUUCAUUAGGAUGCACUGUACCUCCAACCCCGACUGGUGGAUGCCCUCAGAGGAGCAGAUAAACAAAGUGUUCAGCGAUGCUGUGGGUCACGCCCGGCAGGGGCGAGCCGUGGGCACUUUCCUGCACAACGGAGGCUCCUUUUACGAAGGGAUCGAUCACCAACCUUCCCACGAUGAAGUCUUCAAUAAAAAUUCCCAGGAUGGAUCUGGUGAUUAG